GUUUGCCCUAUGAUGUUCUCAACAACUGAAACAUUAGUACCUCUCACUGCAUCUGCAGCUUCCUUCCAACAGGCCUCAGCUGUGGCUGUGCUUAAAUUAACUCUGGCUGGAACUUAUCGCUCCCUUUCCCUAGUGCCUGUUGCCAUGUUGCUCAUUUUGUUAAAUAUAAACCCAAAAUUUUGGAGUCAAGAACCAUGUCCUUUUCUAUCCUUUGAAGAUCUUGGCCUGUUCUGGGGAUAUCCAUGAUGACAGGAAAGCACUGGGCAUUCUUGGCCAUUUGUGCAUAAAGCACAGCCUGCACAUACCUCCUCCAGAACCAGCCUCCCCCAGGGUACAGAGAGGCAAGGCAGGCCCAUAUGGCCAAAAAACCACAGCUUUUACAAAUGUGAAGAGAAAGGAAGAUCUGUUGCAAUCUCUUCACACCACCUGUUGUGAAUGAAAACUUAAGGGAUUGCAUUUUUGCUUUUAACUUCAGGCCUGUUGUCUGCUGCAACAACUGCAAUGUAUCUCAGUUGGAUUUCAUACUGCAGAAUUUUGCUCUUGGAAUGUCACAUGUUGCCAUGUUAGUGCACAUACAUCUGCAGGUGGAAUAGCUGUGUGUCCCCAUCCUGCUGUGUGAGGGUAACCCACCAAGUGACUCCCAGACCAUGUCUUCCUCCAUCAAAAUCGAGUCUGUUGUGAAGGAGAAGAACCGGAUGGGAGAGUGCCCAGUCUGGGAAGAAAGGGAGAAUGCACUUGUCUACGUAGACAUCAACUCACAGAAAGUUUGCCGCUGGAGCCCAGUCACCAAUGAGGUGCAGAGCGUGUCUGUGGAUGCCCGUGUCGGCUCGGUGGCUCUGCGGCAGUGUGGGGGCUAUGUCAUUGCCCUGGGGACCAGGUUUGCCUUCCUGGACUGGGACACACAGGCAGUCACCACCAUCCUCGAGCUCGAGCAGGAUAAACCAAACAACAGGUUCAAUGAUGGGAAAGUGGAUCCAAAGGGGAGAUUUUUUGCUGGUACGAUGGCUGAAGAGACAGCACCAGGGGUCCGAGCGAGGCGGCAAGGAGCUCUCUAUACCCUCCUUCCUGACCAUUCAGUAAUAAAACAGCUAGACCAGUUGGACAUUUCCAAUGGUCUGGAUUGGUCCCUGGACCACAGGACCUUCUUCCACAUCGACAGCCUGUCAUAUGCCGUCCAUGCCUUCAGCUAUGAUGUGCACACUGGAAAGAUUGCCUGCCCCAAGCUUUUGUACCAUCUGGAAAAGGAGGAGCAAAUGCCUGACGGGAUGUGCAUAGAUGCAGAAGGAAAGCUCUGGGUGGCCUGUAUUGAUGGUGGCAGAGUCAUUCGCAUCGACCCAGAGACAGGAAAAAGAAUCCAAACUGUGAGGCUGCCUACUCCAAGGAUCACCUCUUGCUGCUUUGGUGGAAAAGACUACUCAGAAAUGUAUGUGACUUCUGCAUACGAUGGACUGGACGAGGCCACCUUAGCCAAGGAACCUCAUGCAGGAGAGAUUUUCAAGAUAACAGGUCUGGGUGUGAAAGGGAUCCCACAGAACUUCUAUGCUGCUUGAACCUUGACACUAAAGUGCAAAGAAGAAAUGCUUCCAUCUUGUAGUAAAUCUGACUGGAAGAAGUCAAAUGAACUACAGAAUUAAUUUGUGUGAAGAUUUCUAAGCCCACUUUGUGAGUUUGCUUGUUUGGAGUUGAAGAUAUUUCUUCUUCUGUGGGCCUGUGGCUUGAUGCGAUAGGUUAGAGAGGUAAAGUUAAUCUGUGUUACACCUUGGUAGCUUUUGUGACUUUCCAUAAACCUUUAAAUGCUCAAGUGUAGUUUUGCUGAACUUUCUGAUGACAGGCUCUGGAUUUUCAAAUCUGUGCAGUUCCCAAAGCAGAAUCUGACUCCUCAUGUUACAGUGAUGCACCAGCAACGAUAUGGCAGAUUUUAAUAAACAUUUUAAAGAGUGGUGUCUUGAA